AUGAGAAUCAACCGUCGACUCAUUUCACGACCUCUUCGCUUCCCAUUGGUGGCGUCCUACCGAUAUGGAUCUCAUCAGCCGGAACUCGAAAGAACAAAAGAAAAUCUAAGCCAAACGGCUUCACAGCUAUACAAAUACAAUAGCAUUCGAGAUGACUAUCAGGUUCCGAAAUAUCCAAUUGUUCUUUGUCAUGGGUUCUCGGGCUUCGACAGUCUUGUUAGCUUACCUGCCGUCGAGCUUUUUCACCAAGCUAAGCAUAAAGAAGCAUCUGCAAAGGAAAUGGCACGGGAGGCGGACACUAAAAUUGAGUUUUUCGAAUACUGGCACGGAAUACGUAAGGAGCUAUUGGCUCGUGGAUGUCAGGUUCUAGUGGCCAAAGUUCCCCCAUUUGCUACCAUAGAAACCAGAUCUAAAAUAUUGAACGAGUUUUUACAACGAACAAUAUCCAAACGCUUUCCAAAUGCACAACAACCUGUCAAGGUGAACCUGAUUGCCCAUUCAAUGGGGGGCCUUGAUUGUCGACACCUUAUUUCUGCGUACGAGCAAAAAAGCUUCGAGAUUGUCUCCUUGACAACAGUAUCGACUCCCCAUAGAGGUAGCUACGCUGCCGAUCGCAUCCUUCAACUCAUUCCAACGCGAAUCAUUGAAAACUUUCUGCCUUCCCUGAAAGAACUUACUCUUGAGAGUUGCGUUCACCUUAAUAGGCAUAUUACAGACGACCCGAAUGUCAAAUACUUCAGCUAUGGUGCAUCCUUCACACCAAGCAUAUUCAGUGUUUUCUAUCCUACAUGGAAAAUGGUGUAUCCUGAAGAAGGUCCGAACGAUGGCCUGGUGAGCAUCAAGAGUGCUAAGUGGGGCGAAUAUUUGGGGAGCCUAGAAAAUGUGGAUCAUCUGGAUCUGAUCAACUGGAUAAACAUCUCGAAACGUUUCAAAAUUGUGAUCGGAAUGCGGACUUUUAAUCCGGUCGCGCUCUAUCUUGAUCUUGCGGACAAUUUGGCAAAGAGGGGUCUAUGA